UUGUGACUCGCCAUUUUGCACUGGCUGAGAAGACAGGGUAGCUGGUUGGAGAGAGAGCACCGGCUGCGUAAAGCUGCCCUUUUCAGACGACGAAAAGGCGCUUCAGCGUUUCUGCUUUCAGAAACAUGUCGUCAGAAAACCAGGAGUCGGAUACUCAAUUUGAGUCCGGAGAAGAGAAACAGGACUCCCAGGAGAAGGAGAGUAACCCCGUGCAGGCAGAAGAGGCCAAACUGAAGGCCAAAUACCCAAAUCUGGGCCAGAAACCUGGGGGCUCUGACUUCCUCAUGAAGAGACUUCAGAAAGGACAAAAGUACUUUGACUCUGGUGACUAUAACAUGGCCAAGGCGAAGAUAAAGAAUAAGCAGCUCCCGGUCCCAGGGGGCGGGGCGGACAAGAACCUGGUGACAGGAGACCACAUCCCCACCCCUCAGGACUUGCCCCAGAGGAAGUCCUCUCUCGUCACCAGCAAACUGGCAGGAUAAACCCACACACCCCGACACACUACAUGCAACAAAAAUUACUAUAUUCUACAUUUACUCUGAAUCACCCUUUGCUGCAGGCCUUCACUUUAACAGACACUCACACCCACACAAACACACACGCUCUUUCACUCUCUCUUUAACAGAGACACACACACCCGUACACACAUGCACACUUUCGCUCUCUUUUACAGAGACACAUACACAAAAACGCACCUUGCUAGGCUGCUCAUGGACAUUCACACAUCGAGCACAAAGCGCUCUGUGUUGAGCAGGAGUCCAGGAGCCCACCACCAGGGGCCACUGUGGGCCUUCUACUCUAUACACCCCAUAGCCCUCGUCUCACUCAGCCCCUCUAGUGUGUGUUCUGCUGUUCCUCCUGCCUGCCAUUCUGGUGAACUUCGCAGUAUCCCUUAGUUUCAGCACUCUGUGGGGUGUGAUCAAAGAAAGGGGGUGGGACAUGAGGACUUGCAGGGAAUGUGGGUGGGGCUCUAUGAGAGGUCAGACAGACAGGAAGUAGGCCACUGGAUUAGAGAAGGAAAAUACAGUCCAUCACCUUGAUCUUGAAUACCUUCACUCCUGUUGGUUGGUUAGGAUCAUGUGACCUUUUGGUGCAUCAUAUUCACGGCUUGUUUACAGAGUUGUGUUGACAGCACGGACCCAGCUGGGACUCCUAACCCUAGUCACUCAGUAGAGGGUGAAGGUCUUUUCUUGUGAUUCAAACAGAGUGUCAAAAAUGCAGCAGUUUUGAGGAUCUUAAAAGCAGUGGUCAUGACGGGUGGACCUGUAUGGCAUACACUGUAGGGUGGCAACAAACCCUUUAACACACUCUCGUCUCUGUCGCUCUCUGUCUCUGACAACACACAUUAACAAACAUUAACACACACACAUCACUAACUGUGUGAUGGCCUGCAAGGAAUGCAGGCUCUGUGCUCCUGUGUUCUCUCCUCAUAAGUAUAAACUCCAUGCAGUGUGUGUGCUCACAUGUUUGCAUCAUGUGUGUAUGGAGAAGGUAUAUUCUGAAUAAGGGCAUGUAAGGUGCUUUCUUUCUUAGCCUUGGGUUUUUUCUUUUAUUCCCUCUUACAUUCUUCUCUCUCUCUCUCUCUCUCUCUCUCUCUCUCUCUCUCUCUCACUCACACACACUCUCUCACACUCUCUCACACUCUCCCUGUCUCUCAGAUGUUGAACUAUCUUCCUCCGGCUUCUUGACCCUUAAACUCUGACAGUAACUCUCUGCACCCUAAAAGCCCUUGAACCCACCUAGUCAGCCCCAGAACCACUGACUGAGUCUAGCAUUGGCGCUGUUGGCCUAUAUGUCAGAGUAACUUGUUAUUUAGAGGAACCAUGGGGCUAUUUCAUGCAGAUGAGAUGUACAUUUGAGCCUCCGUCUGCAUCCAGGUGGUGUGGGCAUAACCAGCCCCUUAAAGAGAAAAGCAGUAAAGGGAUAUGGGUGGAGCUGGGCGACCUGUGUUGACUCACAUUUAGCUUGUGCUAUGAAUAACAUACCACUCUAUUUUCUUUACUAUUUUUAAGUGUCUGGUGCUUAAAAGGCACUAGUGUCAAUUUGAUUAUUUUUAUUGGGAUGUUUUUGAUUUCCUUGUAUUUAGCUUCAGUUUAGCUUGUGGUUUGGAUUCAGUUUGGUCUUUUGUUUGUUUUUGUGGAUGUAAGCAAGUAGUUCAGCUCCUGUGGCCAAACUGUUGCUGCUGUCAUGGUCCUACCCACAACCAUGUGUACCAUGGGCCUGUACAACUGGGCCUUGCAGGCUUGUAGAAGGGUACUUCACUACAAGUGUAAAAAUAACAUUAGAGAUUCAGUAACAGAAAUGUUUGAAGAGUGCAGUAAACUGAUGACCUCUGGCCUACUGACAGACUGACAGAACUGAAGGCUUAUUGAGACACAUCCUUCACACACUCUGCCAAACACUUUCUUAUGCUGCCUCUCACUUGUCAUGUCUGUCAGGUCCACUGCUUCCCUAUGACCACAGUAAUCAGAGUUUACAGACUGUACCCCAGGCUUUCCUAGGAACCUGUAUUGGAGAAGCUCUAGAGUCUGCAAAAUAGUGUGCUGAGUUACACACAUGCAAGACCUGUGCGCUAGGUACACACACACACACACACACACACACACACACUCUCUCACUCUACCCGCACUGAUACUCUCCACUCUCUGGACUUGGACUGCUGCUGGUACCAUAACAACCCAAACCAGGCAUAUAAGUGUGGACUUCCUGUCUGAGGCUACCAGUGCAUGGGAAUGGGGUGUCAUAUGACUGGGGGACAGGAAAUGGCUGGUGACAGAUAAUGUAAUGAUUAAAUGUACAGAGGAUGUGGGCUCAUUUGUGAAGCGAUGUGGAGAGAGAUUUUUUUUUUUUGUCAGUAUUUGAAAUAAACGUUUUACAUGACUUUAA